AUGCCCAAGGCCGCCACUAAGAGCAAGUCUGGUAAGGGGGCGAAAGGUGGGCGCAAGAAGGAUCCCAAUGCCCCCAAGCGAGGCCUUUCGGCAUACAUGUUUUUCGCCAACGAGCAGCGCGAUAAUGUGCGCGAGGAAAACCCCGGCAUCUCUUUUGGACAAGUCGGCAAGAUCCUCGGAGAGCGGUGGAAGGCGCUCACUGAUAAGCAGCGCGCCCCUUAUGAGGCCAAGGCUGCCGCCGACAAAAAGCGCUAUGAAGACGAGAAACAGGCAUACAAUGCACAAGCCGAUGGCGAUGAUGACUCGUCGUCGUAA